AUGAAACCUCACAUUUGCGGUGAAUGUGGGAAAGGCUACACCCGCAAAUUAUACCUCACUGUUCAUCAGCGAACGCAUACGGGGGAGAGACCCUAUGUGUGUAGGGAGUGUGGGAAAAGCUUCAUCAGGAAGCAUGACCUCACUGUCCAUCAGCGAAUUCACACUGGGGAGAAGCCCUAUAAAUGCAGUGACUGUGGUAAAGGCUUCAUCCAGAAGACAGGGCUCAUUGUUCAUCAGCGAACCCACACUGGAGAGAAACCCUACGUGUGCAUGGAAUGUGGAAAAGGCUUCAUCAAAAACGACUUACUCAUUUAUCACGAGCGAACUCAUACCGGAGAGAGACCUUACGUGUGCAGGGAUUGUGGAAAAGGCUUCAUCAGGAAGGGUCAGCUCACGCUUCAUCAGCGAACUCACACUGGGGAGAAACCGUAUCAAUGCAACGAAUGUGGGAAAAGCUUCACCCGCAGGGUGCAGCUCACUAUCCAUCAGCGAACUCAUACUGGAGAGAAACCCUAUGUGUGUUUGGAAUGUGGAAAAGGCUACAUCAGGAAGAACGAACUCACAAUUCACCAGCGAAUUCACACUGGGGAAAGACCCUAUAAGUGCCGAGAAUGCGGUAAAGGCUUCAUCAAGAAGAUACACCUCAAUACCCACGAGCAAACACACACUGGAGAGAAAGCCUUUGUGUGCAUGGAGUGUGGGAAAGGCUUCAUCAGGAAGCAUGAGCUCACUCUCCACCAGCGAACUCACACUGGGGAGAAACCCCAUAAGUGUGGAGAAUGCGGUAAAGGAUUCAUCCAAAAGGCAGUGCUCACUGUUCACCAGCGAACUCAUACUGGGGAGAGACCUUACGUGUGCCAGGAGUGUGGAAAAAGCUACAGGAAGAAGAGUCAGCUCACCCUUCAUCAGCGAAUUCAUACUGGGGAAAAGCCCUAUAAAUGUGGUGAAUGUGGUAAAGGCUUCAUCCAGAAGUCAAAUCUCUGUAAACACCAGCGAACACAUACCGGAGAAAGACCUUAUCCUUGCAUGGAGUGUGGGAAAAGUUUCAGUAAGAAGGGAGAUCUCAAUAUUCACAAACGAACUCAUACUGGAGAGAAACCCUAUGUCUGUGGUCAGUGCAGUAAAGGCUUCAUCAAAAAGGCAAGCCUUGUUGUUCAUCAGCGAACUCAUGCGAGAGCUAAGCCCAGUAUUGGCCCUGACUUUGGCCUUGAGGUCAACCACAGUCGUGCCUCCUACCAAAUCCAAGAAUUCUCACAGGAAAGGCUUCCUUUUCACGUAGCGAAUGUGGAAGAUCUUGUGCCCAGCACUCAAGUCUCAGUAAACAUGGGCGAUUUCAUGGAGGAACGCUUUGAGUGCAGUGAAUGUCAGAUAACCUUCAAGGUGAAGGAAGAGUUUAUUAUCCAUGAAAGAUCUCAUAAAAGGGACAUGUCAUAUGGCUGCCAGGAAAUUGGACAGGCUCUUGCCUCUGCUUCUAAGUUUAAUCCACAGAUUUAA